AUGACCCCAUCGACAACUCUCUCCGUGCUUUCCUCUCGCAUCCUUCCGUUCAGCUCUUCGUUCUCUUCGAGCAAUAAAAAUCGAAAGCAGAUAAAGCGAUCCCUAACGACUUCUGCUGAUUCUGCAGACAACGACAAAAACAACGCCCGUGUGGAAAGCGAGAACAGGGGAGAAAAUGAAUCCACGCGACGUAGCGCUAUGGUUUUAGGAACGUCUGUCGUUACUUUUACGCUUUUUAACGCGCAACCAGCAACGGCGAAAUUGCAAGGCCGCACAGGAGGAAUUCCAAUCGAAAACUUUCGAGAUUUACCAGGCACAAAUCCUGCAAUAAAAUAUUACGACAUGAAAGGCGGAGGUGGUGAUAGUGCGGUCCCUUUCCCAAAAGGAACGCGGGUCGCAGUUCACUACGAUCUUAAAUUUCGCUCGUUAACGAUUGCUUCUUCGAGAGUUGGGGCUGGUGUGACUGGCGGAACACCAUACGGAUUUAACGUUGGCACGCCCGCCGCUACUCCGGGCGGUCCGUUCUUACCAGCUUUCAACUACGGCAUUCAAGGAAUGGGAGUUGGAACCGUUCGACGAAUGCUCGUGCCUGCGGAGUAUGCGUACGGUAAUAAUCAAGUGCAAGAGAUUCCUCCAAACUCUGAGGUGACGUUAGAUUUGGAACUCUUGAGCAUCGCAAAAACUGGUUUAAGCAAGUAA